CCAUAUUAAAGCGCUAAGAUACAUGAAGAAGGAAAUCAUUUAGUAUCGUGUUACCUAAUGACGUUUAUUUCAUGUCACAUGGUUGUUAUCUGUUCGAUUUGUAAAUGUGAAACUUUCCAAUAAUCGAAAGAUAUGUUGCGGUUAUCUUUAAUCAAAUAUAUUUUUUCAAGGUUUAAAAGUUUUGAAGAAGUAAUCAAUAUAUUUAUUUUCUAUUGAUGUAAGUCGUGGAUUUUUCAAUUAGAUUUAUCAUUGCACCCACAUGAUCUUCGUCAGCAAGUAAAUGUUCUGCUAUUGUAGAUAUUUGUAAAUCAAACAGGGCAUGUUGUUUACAUUUUUGGAAUAAACCAUUUGUUAGGGAUGUAACUUCUACACGAUGAUUUAGUUUUCUUGUAAUUUACAUCUUCUUUUCUUUCCUUUCAUAUAUUUUUAAUGAAUCAACAAAAGAUUUUUAUAAUCUUCAGCAGGUAUUGUAAAUCUAAUGUUCAAGCUACUCAAACGAUACCUAAACCGUACAGAUAUACCCAUACUUUAAAAUGAGACAGGCCCUACACGGAUCUAACAGGAAAUCGAUCGAAAAAUGGUAGAGAAAAGAGGAUUUACACAAAAAGGAUGACAUACUUUGGAAAUUAAAGGAUUAAAGUGAAUUAGCUCGUUCUGUUUUUUUAUAAUGGCAGAACUUUUGUCAGUUCAUGUUCACAUCCCACAAAAAGAUGACGUUUGGCAGUUGAAGUCACAGUGCCUGGGUUUGAACAGAAAUUCAAGUGCACACCAGUUUGACAAUAAACUGAAGUAUGACCUUCCAAGAAAAAGGAAUUUAGAUAUAGAAUUCAGGGAUCUUAGGUACUCGGUGAAAGAUGGACAUCACAAGAAAGGACGGAAAGAAAUACUCAAGAGCAUUUCUGGGCGUUUUAAGUCUGGAGAGUUGACAGCAAUUAUGGGCCCUUCAGGGGCCGGCAAGAGCUCCCUCAUGAAUAUUCUGGCUGGUUACAGAACAAGUGGUAUUGAGGGAGAUAUUUUGGUGAAGGGUAAGACACGGAACCUGAGAUCAUUUAGAAAAUACUCAUGCUACAUUAUGCAGGACGACCACUUACUGCCGCACCUGUCUGUUGAAGAAGCCAUGAUGUGCUCAGCCAAUCUCAAGCUAGAUGAGAGCAUGCCACAGGCAGACAAAGAGAAAGAGGUGCAUGAUAUAUUGGAGACUCUGGGUCUGUCUGAACACAAGAAGACAAGAGCAAGUAAUCUGUCAGGUGGUCAGAGGAAGCGGCUGUCUAUAGCACUGGAGAUGGUGAAUAAUCCACCAAUCAUGUUCUUUGAUGAACCAACCAGUGGAUUAGACAGUUCAGCAUGUUUCCAGUGUAUAUCACUGCUGAAGAAUUUGGCAGCAGGAGGCAGGGCUAUUAUAUGUACGAUACAUCAACCCAGUGCUAAGCUCUUCAUGAUGUUUGACCAUCUGUACAUGUUAGCAGAUGGGGAGGUUGUAUAUAAAGGUGGUGUGAAACAUCUGUUGCCUUACUUGAAGUCAAUGGGCCUAGAAUGUCCACCAUACAAUAAUCCUGCUGAUUAUGUGAUGGAAUUGACUGCUGGUGACAGUGGAGAAGAUAAUGUCAACAUGUUAAUGAACUCUGUCAAGUCAGGCAACUUAGACAAGUUUCUAGCCAACGAGACAUUCAAUAAUUCUAACAGGUCUUCAAAGAGUAGUAUAAACACAGAAAGUGAAGUUGGUGACUGCAUACAGAUAGAUGCCAGCGAAAACACGCAGCUUCUUGCCGUUUCUAACGGAAACGCUUCCUAUAUACCUGCUGAUGAUUUCAUGAAAGAUGACCAAGACAAUUCCUCUGAGAGUAGCUCACAAAAUUCAAGUGCUGUUUCGACACCGGAGAGUCAGUCACAAGCAUCGUGCUCCACAGAAUCUGAUUCUACACUGACUGAGGACAUGGGAGGUGACAAUGAAUGCCAUACAUUCAACACAUCAUGUUUUACACAGUUUAGGAUCCUGUUUAUACGUACUUUUAUGUCUAUAAUGAGAGACGAAACCUUGACUCGUUUGAGGUUGAUCUCCCAUCUUUGUAUGGCCAUUCUGAUUGGUCUGCUUUAUUUAGGCAUUGGGAAUGAAGCAACAAAAGUGUUGAACAAUGCUGGAUGUCUGUUCGUCUGUAUGCUGUUCCUCAUGUUCUCUGCAUUAAUGCCAACUGUAUUGACGUUUCCUAUGGAGCUUACUGUGUGUGUGAGAGAACAUCUCAACUAUUGGUACAGUCUCAAAGCCUACUACUUAGCUAAAACCAUGGCAGAUAUGCCGUUUCAGAUAAUAUUCCCACUGAUAUAUGGCAGUAUAGUGUACUGGAUGACGUCACAGCCCAGUGAUUUCAUGCGUUUUGUGAUGUUUUUGACGUUAGCUACACAGACGUCUUUAGUCGCACAAUCUCUGGGACUUCUUAUUGGAGCAGCAACAUCUUUACAGGUUGCAGUGUUUUUGGGACCAGUCACGGGUAUACCAUUGUUACUGUUUAGUGGAUUCUUUAUCAACUUUGACACAAUACCAAUCUACCUUCAGUGGAUCUCAUAUAUGUCUUAUAUUGGAUAUGCAUUUGAGGGUGUGUUGCAGGCAGUGUAUGGGUUCGACCGAGAGGCUCUAGACUGUGAAAAAGCUGCCCAGAGUCCAGAAUGUCGUUACGUGGAGUCAGAAAACGUACUCUCAGAUCUUGAUGUUAGUGAUGCAAAAUUUUACAUUGACUUUAUUGCGCUGUGCGUAUUUUUCAUUGUACUGCGAGUCAGUUGUUACUUUGUUCUGCGUUGGAGAGUUAAGGCGCAGAGAUGAAAAUGUUUGUACAUAUAACAGUGAACUGUACAAUUGUGAUCGAGAAGUAAAAUUUAGCGGGAUUUUAGGUGUACAUUUGAAUAUUCAUAGGCCCAUAUACAUUGAUCAAAGAAUUAUGUGUUAAGGUAUAUGUGGAACAAAAAUGUCUAGAAAUAUUUUUCAAUUAUGAGCAGUAAAAUGUGAUUAAGAUUAUGUAAAAAAAAAUAGUUCUUAAGUAGUGUUGGGUACAGUUUCAUUAAAAGAGCAACACAGAUGAGAGGAGGUCAUUACUGAAUAAAACCUUGUUCUCACAAGUGGUCUGUGAACAUGUAUAGUGUGUUGUACUUUGCCAUAAUAAUAAUUAUUCCACAGAUAUUUUCCUUCAGUUGGUGUAAAGUGUAAUGACUUCCCCAAUAGAAUUGUGAUAUUUAACCAUUAGCUGUUCUGUCUAUGCAGUCUAAACAGAUCAGGACCUAAAGUUAUAAAGCUAAUUUUGGAGCCCAGUUCGGUAUUGCUAGUUUUUGAUUGGUCGGUUCCAAAAAUAUCCUCUGACACAACCAAUUAGGUUGUAAAACUUGAGUCUAAAAUCACCACCAUCUGUGGGCAGGGUUGAAAUGGACCAGUGAAGAUGUUGCAUUCAGAGACUGAUCUCGGAAGUCAGUUUUGUAAACUUUGGGUUUUGAAGUUGCUGAAAGAAGUGAUAAGUUGUACUUCCUGUUGAUUGACACAUUUAUAAAAGUGUAGUCCAAAUGUACAGAUGUAUUUCAAUAGGAAAACAAGUCUCCACAAUUUGUAAACAUUAUGUGAUAGUUUGGUGAGAUUACUGGUUUGCUACUUCAGUUUUGUGUUAAUGAUAUAUUAAUCAUUGUACAUAGAAGAAUUUAAACCAAUGUCCGAUAAAUUCAAGAUAAAGGUGAACGAAAUGCUAAUUUAAAUCUAAAAGUAAUGUCUGUUACCCUUGAGACCCAUUCCAGAAGCAAGACAAGAAAUUUAGUAUAAUUGGAUAAAUCAUUUUCAGUAAAACGUUAUCAAGAAACUUUGCCAUAUGCUUGCUUAAAAAUUGAAAUCUGUCGAUUAACUGAACUGAAACACAAAAACAUCAGUUUAGUUGAUAGAUUUCUACCCUGGCAAUACUCAGUGUUCAGUGUUCCAAUGGUUGCUGUAAAUUUUUUUAAAUUUAUUUAUGAAAAAAAAAAUUGUUUAAUUUUUAUCUGUAUUUUCCAGGCUAUUUUAAGAUCAAGAAUAAUAUUCACUCAUUUGACAAAAUUCUUAAUACAGGUUGUAAGCUACUAUAGGAGUUCAGGGUUGCUCUGUAAAAUAUAUAUGGGUUCAGUAAAGUUACUUCCUUAUUGACGUUGUCAAAUUUUCAUGAUAAAUUGGACUAAAAUUCAGAGAAGCGGCUUUAUUAAGACGCUAUGCUAUUGCUGCUCUGUCAGUUACAGUCAAACAUUGGGUAAAGACCGCCAGUCCUAGUGAAUACUAAGUCCACAUCCGAUUUAAAUCAUCUCAGUGUAUUUUAACCUGAAAGAAAAGAAAACUGCAAAUCAAAACCACUUUUGCUUCCGUACAAUAGACAGGCUUUGCUGUAAUGGCAGCAUACUCUCGACUUGGGCAAACAUCACAAAUCAAGGGGAGCCCUUCCUGCGUAAAUAUGAACUGUCUAGAAUGUUAUAUAUUUCAUGUUUGAUAUUGUAUACUUGUGCUAGUCUUGUCAUUAGUCGUUAUUUCAUCAUAUAUCUUCGAAGUUUUAAGACGAAAAUACUGGUUGCAUUUAAAAUUAUUAAGAUUUUAUUUUUGAGAUGUUGAAUUGUAGUUAAAGAUGUGUUCAGUUUAAUGCGACAGUGGCAUUUUCUAUAAAAACAGAACUGUUUACUUCUUAAACAUAAUAAUAAUACCUCAUUAAUGCGUGUCUGUUUAAAAAGGACAAUCACACUUGUAAUGGAUUUUAUUACGAAGCACUAUAAUUCAAAGCUAAUCACAUAAAAGCUUUUCUCUGCUGAAAACAUAGAAAAUUGUUCUUCCUCUGCCAAUUAUAGACAGAAAUCGUAACAAUAUCAACAUCCAAAUGUUACACUAGUGUAACUUACAUCAAAAAUAUCAAAAAAUUAUUUCACUCCUGCAACAUCAAGCAUGUGAUAAUGUAUUUUUCUUACACAGGCAAGAAUUUAUUGUAAUAAUGUGUAGGAUUGUCCUUUUUAAACUGAUUACUCGUAGUAUCUAAACUAAGGAAAGUAUAAUUCAAGGUUUGUGUAUUCCUUGAAAAGUCCUUGAAUUUAGUGCUAGUCCUUGGAAGUUCCUUGAAAAUAACUAAAACAAAAAAAAAAACAUGAAAGAGUACUUGAGUUUUGCCUCAGAAGUUCUGUAUGAACCCUGUAUAGGACUUUAUAUCAUUGUGUAUGGCAUUGCACCAGAAUAUAAAUAUAUUAUUUUUUGCCAUUUUUAUGCGUAAUAUUGUUGUUGAUGAAAACUUUCAAUGUACAUAAUUUCUUUUUUGUUGGGUACAUAAUUUUUUUAUUUAUAACAUGUUUGUACAUAUUGAUCUUGAAUUGUUUUUGAAAAAAAUAUAUAUAUAGUUUUAAGUGUUUAAGACUUAUAGGUAAUUGUGCAAAAGAAGAAACUUGGAUGAAAAUAAAUAUUAGCCUAAGUCUUUAUCACAUGACUGUGUACAUGUCUAAGUUAUAAUAGUAGCUAACUAAAUUUCAAAUUAACAAAUUUCACGUAUUUAUGUAUUAAAGCAUACGUAUGAAAUUAAAAAAAGCUUAAACCCGAAGUUAAGCAUUUGAGAUCAGGAAAAAUGCAUCCUCAGCGAUACUGAAAUAUUUUACUGUAGAACUGGCUGUUAUUCUCUUAAAAAUGAGUUUUCCUGUUUUGAACAAAUGAAAAAUUGAGGAUAAAAUUUCCUUCUGUCUUUUUUUUUUUUCAAAUUUCUUCUAAGUUUGGUACAUUGUUUGCCAAGAGGAAUUUAAAAAAAGUUCUAGACAAAGAUUUUAGGCUGUGACACAUGUACAGGUAUACCAGUUAUUUUUCAAGAGCUUUAAUAAAAAAAAAUCAGUAAAUGGCAACUUAAAAGGAUAAAGCAGUCAACCACCUUGAUUAUUUGAAUUUUAAAGGGGCGUGCUUCCAGGUUUAUCUUGCCUUUUGAUAAAGUUCCUGUGUUUGUUAGAAAAUACAAUUAAAGUGUAAAGUGAGUUGAAGGAUUUAUUUAUGUUUUUAAAAAAACUUGUGAAGACGACAAAAUAUGUAGAAAAGCUGACUAGUGCUAUAAACAUGUGCUGUAAGAUGGUAGGAAUUCAGCUGUACUUUACAGGUUAAUCCAAAAAUGUUGACCCCAAAAAAAAAAAUUUUUUUUUUUAAAAAUUAUUCUGUAUGUUUGGUUUUGUUGAUAAUAGAGUUUUUAAGAUAUUGAUGCUGUCAAUAUCUGGAGGCAUGCCCCUUUAAUGAUUUAUUACUUUAUGUUGAAGAGAGUCAAUUUUACCUCAUGUUAAAUGUUAUUUUCACAAUGUAUAUAUGGCCAUACAUUUUAUUUUCAUUGAUAUCAGCAUUGAUAGUAAAUCUAAUAUCUUGUUUCUUAGAAAUUCUGUAUCAUUUCUGAAAAAAAAAAGAAUAGAGAAUACAAAAAAUGUCAUUAGACUAGGCACAUGUUCUCAGUGAAUUGUUUGAUAAAAGGCAUUGUGUCUGAAGUCAUUUGUCCUCCUUUGAUUCAUGUGGAGAAGUUGGCAGUUACUUGCUGAGAACAGAUUACUACUGGCACAGAUUCCAGGAAAACUUGUUAGGUUAACUUCUUGGUACUACAUACAGAAAUACUGUUGAAAAUCGGCUCUAUCCCCAAUAUAAACUUUUCAAAUUUCUGUUACUAUUCUGUUCCAUGUAUAUUAUCAUUGACAUGUACAUUAAAUUUAUGGGAUAUAAAAUUGUAAGAAAAAGGUAUUAAAAUUCUUUAUUGUGUUUUAGUUGAUAACAAGUGUGCUUUUGAAAUUUGUGCUUAUUGUCGUUUUAGCGUCUUUGAACGUGUUUAUCAUGAAAAAGGAGCUAUAUAAAAUCUGGUAUAAUAUAACAUGGAUAUAUAUAUUGAUGUUUUGAAAACCAUAGUUAUGUGCACUCUGUAAUGUGAUAUACAAGUUUUAUUAAUGUAAAUCUAUUUUGAAGUUAUUGUUUUUGUUAAAGAUCUAUUUUUUAAGCAAUAGCCUUAUUAAUGUGUAUUUCACCAUCUGUGAUGUUUUUUAGCUCACCUGUCACAAAGUGACAAGGUGAGCUUUUGUGAUUGCGCAGCGUCCGUCGUCCGUGCGUGCGUGCGUGCGUAAACUUUUGCUUGUGACCACUCUAGAGGUCACAUUUUUCAUGGGAUCUUUAUGAAAGUUGGUCAGAAUGUUCAUCUUGAUGAUAUCUAGGUCAAGUUCGAAACUGGGUCACGUGGCAUCAAAAACUAGGUCAGUAGGUCUAAAAAUAGAAAAACCUUGUGACCUCUCUAGAGGCCAUAUAUCUCACAAGAUCUUCAUGAAAAUUGGUCAGAAUGUUCACCUUGAUGAUAUCUAGGUCAAGUUCGAAAGUGGGUCACAUGCCAUCAAAAACUAGGUCAGUAGGUCUAAAAAUAGAAAAACCUUGUGACCUCUCUAGAGGCCAUAUAUUUCACAAGAUCUUCAUGAAAAUUGGUCAGAAUGUUCACCUUGAUGAUAUCUAGGUCAAGUUUGAAACUGGGUCACGUGCGAUCAAAAACUAGGUCAGUAGGUCUAAAAAUAGAAAAACCUUGUGACCUCUCUAGAGGCCAUAUAUUUCAUGAGAUCUUCAUGAAAAUUGGUCAGAAUGUUCACCUUGAUGAUAUCUAGGUCAAGUUCGAAAGUGGGUCACUUGCCUUCAAAAACUAGGUCAGUAGGUCAAAUAAUAGAAAAACCUUGUGACCUCUCUAGAGGCCAUAUUUUUCAUGGGAUCUGUAUGAAAGUUGGUCUGAAUGUUCACCUUGAUGAUAUCUAGGUCAAGUUCGAAAGUGGGUCACGUGCCGUCAAAAACUAGGUCAGUAGGUCAAAUAAUGGAAAAACCUUGUGACCUCUCUAAAGGCCAUAUUUUUCAUGGGAUCUGUAUGAAAAUUGGUCUGAAUGUUCAUCUUGAUGAUAUCUAGGUCAAGUUCGAAACAGGGUCAUGUGCGGUCAAAAACUGGGUCAGUAGGUCUAAAAAUAGAAAAACCUUGUGACCUCUCUAGAGGCCAUACUUGUGAAUGGAUCUCCAUAAAAAUUGGUCAGAAUGUUCACCUUGAUGAUAUCUAGGUCAAGUUUGAAACUGGGUCACGUGCCUUAAAAAACUAGGUCAGUAGGUCAAAUAAUAAAAAAACCUUGUGACCUCUCUAGAGGCCAUACUUUUCAUGGGAUCUGUAUGAAAGUUGGUCCGAAUGUUCAUCUUGAUGAUAUCUAGGUCAAGUUUGAAACUGGGUCAACUGCGGUCGAAAACUAGGUCAGUAGGUCUAAAAUUAUUAAAAUCUUUUGACCUCUCUAGAGGCCAUAUUUUUCAACGGAUCUUCAUGAAAAUUGAUCUGAAUGUUCACCUUGAUGAUACCUAGGUCAGUUUUGAAACUGGGUCACGUGCGGUCAAAAACUAGGCCAGUAGGUAUAAAAAUAGAAAAACCUUGUGGCCUAUCUAGAGGCCAUACUUUUCAUGAGAUCUUCAUGAAAAUUAGUGAGAAUAUUCACCUUGAUGAUAUCUAGGUAAAGUUCAAAACAGGGUCACGUACCUUCGAAAACUAGGUCAAUAGGUCAAAUAAUAGAAAAACCUUGUGACCUCUCUAGAGACCAUAUUUUUCAAUGGAGCCUCAUGAAAACUGGUCAGAAUUUUUAUCUUGAUAAUAUCUAGGUCAAGUUCAAAACUGGGUCACAUUAGCUCAAAAACUAGGUCACUAUGUCAGAUGAUAGAAAAAACGACGUCAUACUCAAAACUGGGUCAUGUGGGAAGAGGUGAGCGAUUCAGGACCAUCAUGGUCCUCUUGUUUUAUUCAGACAGGUGUAUAAAAUCUUUAUUGUUUUGUUGUAAUAAUCUGCAAGCGAAUGUCUCAAAAACAGCAUAUUUUAGUGUGUCCAUUUCCUAAUGAAUUAGAAAUACUAAGUACUGUAAAAUCAGAUGUCAUUGCUGGGCCAAAGUUUCACAUCACAGUGUACACAAUAGGUAGCUUUUGACAGCAAAAGUCUUAUUUUAUUUUUGAACAGCCCUGUUUAUAUGCCCCUUUAUUCAAGUCAAUAUCACCAUAUUUGAAAUUAUUGUACAUAGAUACACAAGAAUAUCCAGUAGUUUUGUUUUGCAAUUGCGUUUAUGAGAGCAAAUGCGUAUAAUACUCUUUCUAAGAACAAAAGUUUCUUAUUUGAAGAUACAAUAUAUACAAGAGGGAAUGCAAUAGGGAGGUAUGCGUUUUGAUAGGAAGUGCAAUAGAGAGGAAAGAAGUGUUUAGAGGGAAUGUAAUAGAGAGGUAUGAGUUUUGAGAGGGAAUGUAAUAGAGAGGUAUGAGUUUUGAGAGGGAAUGUAAUAGAGGAGCAUGAGUUUUAAGAGGGAAUGUAAUAGAGAGAUACAAGUUUUGAGACGGAAUGUAUAGAGGGGUAUGUGUUUUGAGAAGGAAUGUAAUAGAUGAGUACAAGUUCUGAGAGUGAAUGUAAUAGAAAAAUACCAGUUUUGAGAGGGAAUUUAAUAGAGAAGUACAAGUUUUGAGAGGGAAUGUAGUAAAAAUAGUAAUAUAUCAUAAUAGGCCUCACUACAAAAUUACUGGAGUUCAUAGCUACUCGACUCUUAAACCUAAAUUUUACAAGUACAAAUUAAGCAUACAUGGCAAAAAUGUGUUCUGAAUUUUGACACCACAGACAUGAAAUCCUGCAGGUAAUGCAUACCUGUACAUACCUGAAAUCACAUCCUUUGUAAUGAUUCAGUAUUGACCUACAGGUUGAUAAGUUUUAUGUUAUGUCUUUUCCUUUACAUCAUAAACGUUAUUGUUAAUGUACUAUCGAGGUUAUUGUUUGGCAUAUUGGGCUUUUGUUUUUCAUAAUUUUCCUUAAUUAUUUUUUUCCGUUCUGUUGGUUUUAAGAAUGAUUGUGAAAUGUGUUUUGAAAAAAUUUCUUGUCACGUAUGAGGAAAAAUGCACACUAUGAAAGUUGGUUUGUUUUACAUUUUACUAUUUGCUCGAAAACAUUUUUUUGUUUUCUUUAAAACAGUAGUUUGAACAGAUAGUUUCAUAAGCAGUAAAAAUGAAUAAAACUGAAUUUCAAAACUUUUGAUAUUUCAAAACUGUUCCAUUUGUUUCUUUCAGUUAAAGUAUUACAGAGUUAAUGAAAAAAAGAUGGUACUGUGACAAGUGAUCACCAUUUUGUCUCAUGGUUUUGUUGUCAUUUUUAUCAAUACACAUUUUGAAUUUGUUUUUAGCUCACCUGUCACAAAGUGACAAGGUGAGCUUUUGUGAUCGCGCGGUGUCCGUCGUGCGUGCGUGCGUGCGUGCGUCCGUAAACUUUUGCUUGUGACCACUCUAGAGGUCACAUUUUUCAUGGGAUCUUUAUGAAAGUUGAUCAGAAUGUUCAUCUUGAUGAUAUCUAGGUCAAGUUCGAAACUGGGUCACGUUGCCUUCAAAAACUAGGUCAGUAGGUCUAAAAAUAGAAAAACCUUGUGACCUCUCUAGAGGCCAUAUAUUUCACAAGAUCUUCAUGAAAAUUGGUCAGAAUGUUCACCUUGAUGAUAUCUAGGUCAAGUUUGAAACUGGGUCACGUGCCUUCAAAAACUAGGUCAGUAGGUCUAAAAAUAGAAAAACCUUGUGACCUCUCUAGAGGCCAUAUAUUUCAUGAGAUCUUCAUGAAAAUUGGUCAGAACGUUCACCUUGAUGAUAUCUAGGUCAAGUUUGAAACUGGGUCACAUGCCAUCAGAAACUAGGUCAGUAGGUCAAAUAAUAGAAAAACCUUGUGACCUCUCUAAAGGCCAUAUUUUUCAUAGGAUCUGUAUGAAAAUUGGUCUGAAUGUUCAUCUUUAUGAUAUCUAGGUCAUGUUCGAAACUGGGUCACGUGGGGUCAAAAACUAGGUCAGUAGGUCUAAAAAUAGAAAAACCUUAUGACCACUCUAGAGGCCAUAUAUUUCAUAAGAUCUUCAUGAAAAUUGGUCAGAAUGUUCACCUUGAUGAUAUCUAGGUCAAGUUCGAAAGUGGGUCAUGUGCCUUCAAAAAUUAGGUCAGUAGGUCAAAUAAUAGAAAAACCUUGUGACCUCUCUAGAGGCCAUAUUUUUCAUGGGAUCUGUAUGAAAGUUGGUCUGAAUGUUCAUCUUGAUGAUAUCUAGGUCAAGUUCGAAAGUGGGUCACGUGCCAACGAAAACUAGGUCAGUAGGUCAAAUAAUAGAAGAACCUUGUGACCUCUCUAAAGGCCAUAUUUUUCAUGGGAUCUGUAUGAAAAUUGGUCUGAAUUUUCAUCUUGAUGAUAUCUAGGUCAAGUUUGAAACAGGGUCAUGUGCAGUCAAAAACUAGGUCAAUAGGUCUAAAAAUAGAAAAACCUUGUGACCUCUCUAGAGGCCAUACUUGUGAAUGGAUCUCCAUAAAAAUUGGUCAGAAUGUUCACCUUGAUGAUAUCUAGGUCAAGUUUGAAACUGGGUCACGUGCCUUUGAAAACUAGGUCAGUAGGUCAAAUAAUAAAAAAAACCUUGUGACAUCUCUAAAGGCCAUACUUUUCAUGGGAUCUGUUUGAAAGUUGGUCUGAAUGUUCAUCUUGAUGAUAUCUAGGUCAAGAUUGAAAAUGGGUCAACUGCGGUCAAAAACUAGGUCAGUAGAUCUAAAAUUAUUAAAAUGUUUUGACCUCUCUAGAGGCCAUAUUUUUCAUGAGAUCUUCAUGAAAAUUAGUGAGAAUCUUCACCUUGAUGAUAUCUAGGUAAAGUUCAAAACAGGGUCACAUACCUUCGAAAACUAGGUCAAUAGGUCAAAUAAUAGAAAAACCUUGUGACCUCUCUUAGAGACCAUAUUUUUCAAUGGAUCUUCAUGAAAAUUGGUCAGAAUUUUUAUCUUGAUAAUAUCUAGGCCAAGUUCCAAACUGGGUCACAUGAGCUCAAAAACUAGGUCACUAUGUCAGAUAAUAGAAAAUACAACGUCAUACUCAAAACUUGGUCAUGUGGGAAGAGGUGAGCGAUUCAGGACCAUCAUGGUCCUCUUGUUAUAUUCUAUUCUUGCUUUGUUUGUGCAACUUUGAUUUAUCUCCUACUUGCAAAAGAGAAUUGAUAUUUUGUUAUUUUAUGUGCAAUUGAAAUAAGAUAUGUUUAUAUUUCCAUACUAUUUUGGAUGUAACUAACCUUAUAUUGUAUGAUACCCUUUAGUGUGAAAUACGUUAGAAAUAUCAAAAUUAUGUUUGUAAAUGUUUUGCCACAAUCAGAGCAUUGAUAAAGCAUUGGUGUAGGAGCGAUCUCAGAUUUGGGGGUGCGGGGGAGUGGCAGAAGGGGGCCACCUGGCUAAAUCUACCCGUAUUUUCCCUGAAAACUUUCAGACAACCAAAAAAAAAACACCAACAAAGAACAAACAUUCUUCCCCUUCUUGUCAGUAGACAUCUCACCAAAUCAUUAAAUCCCUAUGCUCCCUGAGGUUGGCUUUUUCCCCCUUUAUAUACUCUUAGCCUGGCCCAUGCAGCCUGCCCCUUUUCCCACCUUCCCCACCUUUUGCUCCUAAGCCUAUGUAAAAAAGCGAAGUGCAGAUUAUUUGCUAAAUUAUGUUCAAUGUUCAUAAUUCUGUUUAGGAAAUAGUGAUACCAGAAAGUGGAAUCAGAUUCAGCUAUUGUAAGAUGUUCCGAAUCUAUGGGCAUUUCAGUACUUGCUGCCGAAACUUUUUUUGCUGUUGAAUUUUUUUAUCAGUUGCACAUUAUUGUUCAGGCAUUGUAGAAAUAGAUAACCAGAUAAUGCAGUCGCUUAUAUGAUUUUUGUUUUAAUUUAAUGCUUGCCUUUCCAAGUGCAAUGUUAAGACUUUGAUAUUUAAUGAUAAAUACGCAUUUUAGUGCUCUCCCCAAAAUUU